AUGAAGACAGUACAGCUAUUUUCAACUGAGCUGUCAAAAGAGAAGAAGUCUAGACUGCUUGACAAGAAGGCAGAAUCACUUGCAUGUGAAGCAAAAUCCCCUCACCAGAACACACUCACACAGAGGCAUAAAAAGGAGGCACUUGUUAGCAUGGAGGAUGUAAAUAGGAAUGAGGAAACAUUCAAUGGGCUGAGCAGACUUGGGUCAAGACCACCAAACUGUGAGCAUCAAUGUGGAGGUUGCAGACCAUGUAUUGCCAUUCAAGUACCCACAAACAAUGAGGUUUUUGGAGUCAAGUAUGCAAAUUAUGAGCCAGAAGGUUGGAAAUGCAAGUGUGGCACUUCUUUCUUCAGCCCAUAG